GUUAAGGCGUGUGCCUGCUAAGUACAUGGGGUUUCCCCGCGAGAGUUCGAAUCUCUCAGGCGACGUUUUUUUUGUUUUCCCCUUUUCCUUUUUGCUAUUCAAUAUCAUAUUUUCUCCCAGAAAUUAUCUGAAUUUUUGUUAGAAUUCCAAAGAUGCAAUGAAAUGAUGAAUACAAAGCUAUUGAAUUUAUCAGCAUUGUUUAGUUCAUAUAAGUUGUCAUAUGAUGAAGUUUGCUCAAUUUUACAGAGAUGCACCAAGGCAAAGGCAUCAUAUUCAGCCAAGAAAAUUCAUGGGAUGUUGAUAAUAUCUGGGACUGAUGUGUCCAGAAUGUCAUUGGAUGCAAAGAUUCUGGGUGUGUAUGCUAGUUGUGGUAAUCUGAGGUAUGCACACCAACUGUUUGAUAAAAUGCCAAACCCAAAUGUUUUCGCUUUCAAUUGGAUGAUUUCAGUUAUGUCUUUCCAUGGGAAUUAUCAGGAGGCAAUUGGGUAUUUUUCUUUGAUGCAAAAGAUGGGAACCUUACCUAAUAAGUAUACACUUUCGUUUGUCUUGAAAUCUUGUGUUGGUUUGUUGGAUUUGAAUAAGGGAAGGGGAGUUCAUGCUGUGAUGAAUAAAAUGGGUUUUGAGUGUGAUGCAUUAGUUUGCAAUGCUUUGGUUGAUAUGUACUGUAAAUGUGGUAACACACAAUAUGCUAGGAGGCUCUUUGACAGAAUGUCGAGUAAAGAUAUCGCGUCUUGGACAUCCAUGAUUUCUGGAUAUUGUAAUACAGGGAAACUCAAUGAAGCAAUAGCAUUGUUUGAGCAGAUGAAGCUGGAAGGGUUUGAGCCAAAUGAUUUCACAUGGAACGCGAUAAUAACUGGGUAUGCUCAGAGUGGAGAUCGCGAUGGUGCUCUUGAACUUUUCUCUAGAAUGAAUAGGGAAGGGUUGUGUUGUGACUUGAUUACUUGGAACGCAUUGAUUUCUGGUUUUUCUCGCAGCAAACACCCAUUUGAGGCUCUUAAAUUGUUUAGGGAGAUGUUAAUAGCUGGAAUCAGACCCAAUCAUGUAACCGUAACAGGGCUGCUUCCAGUUUGUGGAUUGAUUGGAUCACCCCAAAGAGGAAGGGAACUUCAUGGCUUGAUAUGUAGACUGUCCCUUGAAGUCAACGUCUAUGUAGCUAGUGCUCUUAUUGACAUGUACUCGAAAUCUGGAAGUGUUAAAGCUGCUAAAAACGUAUUUGAGGGAACUCUUGUCCGGAAUGUUGCAUUAUGGAAUGUUAUAAUUGGAUGCCUUGGGAAGAACGGUGUUGUUUUUGAGUCCCUGCGAUUGUUUGAAGAAAUGCAAGAACAGGGUUUCCAGCCAAAUGAAGUGACUUUAGUUUGUGUUCUUUCCGCUUGCAGCCAUGGUGGGUUAGUUGAAAAGGCCAUGGAAAUCUUUAGGUCUAUGAAAGAGAAAUAUCAGGUUGAGGCCAACAAGGAGCACUAUGCUUGUGUUGUUGACCUAUUAUCCCGUGCUGGGGAGGUAGAAGAAGCUUAUGAAUUGAUAAAAAGGAUGCCAAUGGAAGCUACAGAAUCGAUUUUUGGGGCUUUCUUCAAUGGGUGUAAUAUACAUGGAAGAAGAGAUCUAGCUGAAAAAAUGGCUGACAGUCUUCUGAAAGCAGCCUGGAAGAAGCCUGGAGCACUUGUGACAUUGUCGAACAUACAUGCGGCUGGAGAAGAGUGGCAAGGAGUUCAAAAUGUUAGGAAGUUGAUGAAGGGAAUAGGCGUUUAUAAGAAGCCUGGAUUCAGCCUUUGACAAAAAAGAAUUCAUCUCUUGAAUUUGAGGUCAUAGAAAAUGAAGAUAUAGUUUAUUUUUAGUUUGUCAAGAAUCAUGUUUGGAUGAUUUACUGCUUGCAGAUUAGCAAAUUUCAGUUGCCAUGUCUACUUAACAAUUGGAGAUUCCAUUGAGCUACCAAGUCCUUGAAUGUCGCUCCAUUUGGCUACAGCUAGCUUAUACGAGAUUGUGCAAAUGUGAAGAUUCCCAGCAACUAAACUCGUGUCUCCAUCAAAAUGAAAACAGAACUUGGUAUUGAUACCUCCUCAGAACAACCUUCAUGCCUGUACAGUUCUGUUCAAAAAUCUUCCUCCAAUUACGGAGUAUGUCGUACGUUGUUUUCCAACAUUGGAAGAUGACGCCGAUACAAAUCAACGAAGGAACAGAUGCUUUGUUAAUAGUUGACAAUUUCAGGGAGAAACUUCAUACCAGUUUCAUGAUCAUAGAUCAUAAUGCUUGUUCUACUUGAGGAGCAAUUUUGUUUCAGGGUUUUUUUAUCCUCUAAAAAGUCAACUAUUUGGUUAGGUGUAAUUUUGACUCGUUUGAGUAAUCAAUAUUGGCAUAAAAAUUCAAAAAAUUCUUGUACAGUUGUACACUGACCUUGAAUUUUGAUGCUUGAAUGAAUGGCUGGUGUUUUCUUGUACUGUA